AGAUUUCUGUCGCAGUCAAGAUAGGUUGACAGUCAUGAUACUAUUUGCUUUAUGUUGUUUAUUCUACCAAAAGUUUCCUACUGAUCACACAGGAUAACGAGAAUGUUUUGUGAGAGGACUGUGUUGGUUUUUCUGUUGCUCAUGUGCUCUAGUUCGGUGCGAGCUGCUGGUGAAUCUUCCUUCAACGCGUACGUUGGAACGACAGUGGCUUUACCUUGUACCGUCGACACGAAACAGUGCGGUGCGUUGCACAGCGUCAAGUGGUACAGGGACAUGUCCAGGAUUUAUGUGUUCAGUCAUGCGGGGGGCAUAGCUAGAGCCGAAGGAGACGCAACAGACAGAAUGACCGUGGAGUACACUGAGAACAGCAUGGAGGCACGACUCAAGAUCUCCUCUGUUGAAGUCGACGAUGAAGCGACUUACAAGUGUGAGAUAACCUAUUUGGAAGUUCGAGAAAACUGCGAUGUGGUUCAGAUAGUGAAAUUGACAACAUUAGUGAAACCGACAUCUGUAACCAUAAAAGACAACCACGGAAUGCAACUGGUGAAUACUUCGAUGCUAGGGCCAAAGGAUGAAGGAACCGAUGUGGAGAUCAUUUGCGAAGCCCGUGGAGGAAAACCAGUCCCUAUGGUUAGGUGGUAUAACCAAACAACCGAGUUGAAGUGGGCAACCUACAGCCAAACAAUGAAUAGUAAUGGUACAGGCACAGGAAGAUCACAUCUCAAACUGACUCUAUCGAAAGGGGAUUUAGGAACCAAAUUCGAAUGUCAAGUAGAGAGUAUGGCACUGAAACAACCUAUUAUAGCUUUUGUGAUAGCUGAAGUUUAUGAUAGAUGGAACCUACACAACGAAAAGCACCCUCGAGUUUGUAGCGAGCCGAUACGAGAAUGGGAAAACUUUUAAUUGUAACGGUGAAAAUCAAGUAACGAAGAAUAACAAUGAACCGCCUCUUCAUGAUAACGUCUUGGUGGAAAUACAAUAUCCUCCUGUAGUUAACGUCAGUCCUCUCAACAUAACUGUGAACGAAUCAGCCAGUCCAUUAUUAGGAUGUACUUAUGUGGCAAAUCCACAAAAACUACAAAAAGUUAUUUGGAGCAAGGAUGCCCAGAACCUCAGUUUAGCAGACCAAAGAUACGAAGGUGGAACUAUAAAAAAUCCACCUUUGAGAAUAAAAAAUGUUUCCCGAGAAGAUAUGGGAUACUACAAUUGUUGGCUUGAAAAUGCGGUGAAUAUGGUGAAGUCAGACAAUAGUAUAUUCUUAAUUGUUAUGUAUCCACCAGUUGUGACUGUUGUGAUGCAACCCUCUGUAGUGAAAGCAGUAGACAAAGAAACGGUUAGUCUUGACUGCAACGUUACCUCAGGAAAUCCAUCGAACUUACUGAAGGUGAGAUGGUACUUGGGAGGAGUAAUGAUGAAAGAACUUCCGGAAUGUAAUUACACCACUUUCGAGAACGGAACAAGAGAUAGUGGUGGGCCAUUUUGCGGCGUAGAUCCAAGCAUCUUGAAACUAGAAAGUGUACAGGAAAACUUCGCUGGCAAUUACACUUGUCAAGGAAUGAACGCGGCAGGUUGGGGUGCAGAGUCUGAACCACAAGAACUUAUAGUAUAUUACCCACCAUCACCUGCAAAAUUGAGAUUCUUUCCGACCAGAGUCAUCAAAAGUGCUUCGGUUAAUCUAGAGUGUUCCAUUGAUGACCCUGGUCGACCAGAAAAUACAACGUUUCUGUGGUAUCGAGGUUCGCAUCUCAUACCAGAAAUCACGUCCUCUAAUUGGACCAUAUCACCUGUAACGCUAGAGACUAGAAGCAAUUUCACGUGCAUUCCUCAAAAUGAAGGUGGCCAAGGCAAACCAGACACUGUUGAAAUAAAUGUAGACGCACCACCUUCAUUCAUACAGAAUCUGAUUCCCUAUCAGGGAAUCUUGUACAAUUCGAAGAACAUUUCGCUGACAUGUAGAGUGGAAUGUUGGCCGGUAUGUUCGAUAGUCUGGCUCAUCGGCGGCAAACCUCUGAAUGUGAAUACGUCGUCCUUGUACCACGUAAGGACGGACAUCUACCCAUCGGAUGUGAAAAAGAACGAUUUCGAGUCUGUGGAAUCCACACUGAUUUGGAACCUAACAGCUUGGCCUAAUCACCAACUCGACAAAUCCGCUGCAAACACCAACUACACCUGUAAAAGCUACGCCAAUGGAGUUGGCGCCGGAGUCGUGAGCACCUCUGAAGUUGCAGUGGACUAUGCUCCAGAAGACGUUGGCAUAUUCUACCAGGAUCAGUAUUUCUUGGCUCCCAACCACGUGAUCAAUGUUGUGGAAGGUCAGCUUCUCACUCCAGUUAGAUGUGUUGGAAAAGGUCACCCUACACUGAAUUUCCUGUGGCGGAAUGACACAUCGGAAUCUUCAAAAACGGACACUCUACAGAUCACCACAUUGUCCAGAUUCGACUCGGUUAGUUAUAUCUGCGAAGCCAGUAAUAAACAUGGUACGGCAGCCAUCAAGACUUAUUUCAAUGUGCAAUAUAUACCAGAAUGCUCGGUGACUUUAAUUCAGAAGGAGGGAAAGCCAACGUUACUUUGCACUGCGGUGGCUAAUCCUCAAGAAGUGUCUUUCACCUGGAGGGUGGAAGAAUACAAUGAGACCUACGUCGAGACUGAAAACAUCAUACAAGAUGGUCUUCACAGCUACCUUUUCCUGGAUCCAGCUGUGGAUACUGCCAGGACGUAUUUCUGCUAUGUAAACAACAGCGUUGGUAUCAGCAGUCCGUGUGAGAAGUCUGUAGCAGGUGCAAGGCCGUGGUGGAACAACAUGGAGGACGAAAACAAAAUCAUCGUCAUCAUCGCAUCGUCUGCAGUGCUUAUAUUGUGCGUGCUAGUGAUAUGCAUCAUAAUAAUAAUUCUCUGUCGCAGAAAAAGGGCCAACACAAAAUACAAUAGUCCUCUGGAAAUGGAAGAGAGGGAAAAACCAGAUGGUUACUCUCCUGAAGCCUCUAAUCAAAGGUGGCCUCUGAGACCCGGAAUACUAGUGCCUGGACACAAAUUACAGAACAUAAACAUCAUACAGUUAGAUAGAGAAAUAACACCAUUCAAAACCACGUCAGUUUCUCGCAAACUAAAUGAGUCAAAAUAUGCGAAAAAUAGACCUAAAGUCUACGCUCGGUUGGAACGUCUUAAGACGUUCUUGGGGUUUAAUGGGUACGACUACGUACCAUCAGGUCUGACCCAGAGAUCGAGUGGAGUGGUUACUUAUAAGAAAUCGACCAUGAGCCAAAACUCCGAGAUUCCAUCCACAAUGUUGUCCAGGAAGAGAAAAAAGCCUGGAGCAGUACCCAACCAGUCCUCUAUAGGAGAUAAGACGGGCUUAGGGGCUGCGCCACCGGUUGGAGGUAUAGCAGACCCUACCUACGAUCCUGACAAGGGUUUCUAUGAAAACCUACCCUUCCAUAGUAUGCAGAAUCCACCAAACAAGCCGAUAUCAGUUAUAGCACCUUUUAACCAGGAACAAACCCAAAUUGUUAAACCUACCCUUCCACGCAAUUCAGCAAAAUCUAAGCCGAACAUAUGUGUCAAACGUCAUCAGUCGUUCAGUGGCUUCCCCAGAAAUCUCCAACCUGCAUAUAGUUCAAACAAUUUCUUAAAUGUGUCAAAUAGUCAAUACUUCAACUAUAAGCAUCCAUCUAUCUUGAUGAACAAUCCCUCGGAAAGACAAUUCAGUUCCCAAAAUUUCUUGAACAAAUCUUCAGUUCAAAGAUUGUCCAAUACAAAAACCAAGUCACAAUGUGUGAAAAAUCCAAGCUUCUCUACCCUUUCGGUGCAAAAUUUUGACAUGAAUCGACUCAAUCUGAGCUUUCCAAUAACUGAUCCACAAAAAAAUCCAUUCGAUGUUCCUUCACAGAAUAAGAAAAGAAUCAAAAAUGUUUGUUCGAAUGAUAAAUUCAUCAUUUAUAAAUCAGAAUCAAACCUUCGAACAUCAAAACCAAAGCCAAUCGACAAACGUAACGAACAACUCCCAAAAACUAAAAAAUGUGAUGCAACGAAUAAAGAAUAUACCACUCAAAGUGACAGUGAAGUACAUAACGAAUCAAACGAUCCGUUGAAAAAACAUAAGUGCUAUUCUCCUACCUUCCAUUCUUUGCGAUGCAAAAAACACUCGAAGAAGAGAACAUUAGUUUAUGCAGUACCCAAGAGAAUUUUGAGUGAUGGUGAUUUACCAAAUUGCCAAGAUAGUGGCACUUCAGAUAAUGAAAGUGUCAAACAUUUUCAUAUUGUUCCUAUACCGGCACCAAGAUGUAAGAAACACCGAAAAAGGGAAAUAGUAUAUCAAAAUGUAGCGGAAGCACUAAAAAAUAGUUCUCUUCCGAAUCUUUCCGAUGAAACUGAUGAUAUCGAAUUGUCUUCAGGUAAAGAGGAUAUACCAACUACGGAAGUGGAAAUACAUUCUUCGCCCAAAACAAAAGAACGCCAGUUGAAAGGAAAAAGCACAGAUGAAGUUGAUUCCAUCGCAACUAAGACACAUAAAACUAUUAUUUCAUCACCUUUGUCUACUAAGACGAUUUCUUCUCCUAAAAAUUCUCUUAUGAAAUCAUCAGCAGACACUCGUCCAAAGUUGGUUGCUGUAAGCCCAAAAAAAUCAAUUGAUAUUCCUCUUUCUACUUCUGCUUUCAAACGUUCUCCAACUGUCAAAGUAUGUCCUAAUAUGAAAUCCAGAACUGAAAUCACAAAAGGUGCCCUUUCUAUUCAGAUUCAAGCUAAGAUAAAGGGAUCGCCAAGUCAGAAUUCUUCCCCUAACUCAAGUAUUCAAAGUGUAAAAUCUGACAAGGAAAAAGCCAAAGCUCUUGUGUUACCUACAACCAAAGAUGAACCAAAUAAUUCACCAAAUUCCAUACCAAAAAACUCGUCUACGUCUAGAGUUAAUACCAAAAAAGUAGCCAAAGUUAAAAAUUCCCCGGUUGAGAUGUCUCCUUCCCCAAAUACUAGUUCCCUAAAUACGACCUCAAGUAUAUCCGAUAUCGAAGUUCCCAAAAUGUCUAUUUUGGAUACUUCUGAAAAUAAAUGGAGUUCCAAGUUUAAUCAAAACAAUAAGCAGAACGCUUUUUACACACUAACAGCUCCUCAUCAGAAACCGCCCAGUAUUGAUCUGGCCGCUCACUAUUCAGCAACAAUCCCUCAUCCCAAGCAUACAAAGCUCAUACCAAGAGCUCUCUUCCAAGAAGAGCAAUUGACAAAGAGCAAAUCCUUCUCCAGCAAAUCCAAACAGAAGAAGCAUUUUCAAAUACCACUGCAGAAAUGUCAUAGUUUCAAAUUCCAAACGGCCGAAAGCUACUUUCAGCCGAUAAAAAACCUCCACGAGGAAAACUUGAUGAAGAAUGGUUAUGUUUCGGACUACGCCGACUGUAAUCGUGUGCCAAGAUCUAACAAUAAAAGGGACAAGCACAAACAGAAAACAAACGGCCCCCUGGUGGUCAUGCGUCAAAAUGACUACCAGGACAGCCUCAGUUUCCAAGAGAAUGUGCAAAAUUCGGUUCACCUGCAGUAUCCACAACUUGGAUUGAACUCUCUAAAGCCGCAGAGUGGACGACCGAACGGAAUUGUUUAUGCAGAUUUAGACAUGCCAAAACCGAGCAAGAAGGUUUCGAGUAGUAAUUCGUCGAAGCCGAAACAGCAAAAACACAAACCAAAGACUGAAUAUGCUACACUACAAUUUAACGAUAUCGGUCAGGAAAUCGAUGUCUAACUGAAUGUUAACUAAUUGUUUUUAUUGUAUUUUUAAGACCAACGGCCGUACGAGAACUAGCGAUACCUAUAUUUAUUGAGCCUUUUUAUCCAACCGACGGAGAUUUAGUGUACGCUGAUCUGGAUGACCAAUACGGCCCUAUCAACUAUAAAGCUGCCUC